CGCGCAUACACAGGAAGAAGUAGCAUGUCUUACAGAAAGCAGCUCUGAGCUGUAACGAGUUCGCGUUUAAUAACAGGGAGAAUAAAAGUCAGAGCUGCUGAUGGAAAGCAAAGCUGAGUCACUCCUGGCAGCAAUGACAGAUUCUUUAAAGGUCUUGGACACCGGCGGACAUCCAGAUGGCUCGACCAUGAUGAAACAGCAGGAGGACCAGUUCUACGACUGCGAGGAAUCACUUCAAACAGAGACAAAGUCGCUGGCAGAACAGACAUCCAUAAAUCCCACAAAGACGUCACAUAGUAUAAAUCCAGAUCAGGAGGCAGGAGAGAGACAGCACACAGAAUUAACUACGGAAUAUCCAAAGCAUCCAGUGGACACAGAAAAACCAGAUGUGGAUAAAGAUUCAAGUGGAGAAAGCAGUGAUGAAGUGCACCAAGAGCCACUAAUGGACAAUAGUGUGCCAGAAGAUGAUGAGUAUGAAAGUGUGAUGAGGGAGGAGGAAAAAAGGACUGACUUUGAUUCAGAAAUAAAGGAAGAAUCAGCAGAGACCGCUGAGUUUGAUGAUGAGUACCUGCGAGAAGCAGAGAAGAACCUAACAGAGGAAGAGAAAGAGAGCAGAAGAGCAGAGAGUAUGGUACUAAAGGAGAAGGGAAAUGCACAGUUCAAGAAUCAGGAGUAUUCAGAAGCGUAUCAAUCCUACACUGAUGCGCUGCAGAUCUGUCCUGUGUGUUACAGCAAAGAGAGGUCCAUCCUCUUCUCCAACCGAGCUGCAGCAAGAAUGCAUCUGGAUCAGAAACCGGAAGCUAUCACUGACUGCUCUAAAGCCAUAGAGCUGAACCCAGACUAUGUGCGUGCUAUUCUCCGGAGAGCUGAGCUGUAUGAGAAAACAGACAAGCUAGAUGAAGCUCUGGAGGACUACAAGAAUGUGCUAGAGAAGGAACCAGGCAACCCAACAGCAAGAGAGGCAUGCUUUAGAUUACCUCAGCAGAUUCAGGAACGAAAUGAGAAGCUGAAAGAAGAGAUGCUUGGUAAACUGAAGGACUUGGGCAACAUGGUCUUGCGUCCUUUUGGCCUCUCCACAGCCAACUUCCAGGUUAAUCAGGAUGAAAACACAGGAUCCUACUCUAUUAACUUUGUUCAGAAGCCUAACAACAACAGAUAGCACGAAGUCUGACAGUGCUCAUACAGCUAACAUCACAAUGCUGCUUUUCCACUGCACAAUACCACAUGUUGUGAUUACAGGUCCAUGUACCCCAACAAGCCAAAUGACUUGUACUGUUCAGUUAUUAUUUUUCUCUUUUCUGGGUAUCGAGAGUAACAAACAAGGAUAGCAGAUUGAGAAAGAAACAGCGCAGAGCAUUUCCAAAACACCACUUAAGUCAUGUCAUGCUGUCCUGUAGAAAAGUCAUGCCAGUUCUGUCAGCCAAAGUUUGUUCCUCUUUCUAAAUGUUAUUUUUGUGGUGACAUUAGAAAAACAAUAAUGCUGGUUUGAAAUAGGGUUUGUUUUCAUUUGUGAACCCUGCAUGAAAUACGUCUCACACUUGAUACCAAAUCGCAUAUUUAUUAUAUUAUUACACAUACUACUUAGAGUAUAAUAUAUUACGCAUCAUGUUAAAUUUACUACACUAACCCACUACCGCUGAGAAUCAGGUUCGGUGCUAUUGGAUUGCUAUGGUUUGUAGUCCUGUCCAGCAUAUUCCUGCCUUUUGCUCAGUGUAUCCUGGUGGAGCCGGACCCACUGCGACCCUGACUAGGAUACAGCAACUGAUGAGAUGUGGUGAUUUCUAAGUUAAUGAGAAUUUUAGUUUCAACUCCUUAUAAUUUUUUGUCUUUUUUAUUAUUUUACACUAAACAUUUUAUUCUGAAUUAUUGACUGCCAAAUUUGGUUUUCUUUGAUCGUUUGAUACCUUUUUGAUACAGAGCGUCUGUAUUACAACUGAUAAUAGCCUAAAACGCUAGUUCAGUGCCAGGACUAGAGACUUGGACUUAAGAUAUUUUCUAUUCAUUAAAGUAUUAUAUCUUGAAUGCAUGUGAUAUUGACUGACACAACACAGACCAUCUUAGUUACUGUGAAUUUGACUAAAUCAGUUGAUUAUUAGUCAAUAUUCAUAACUUGGGUAAAGAGGUUAUAUUAGAAUGUUUAAAAAUGGGAUUAGGACAUUCCAGGAUACUUUAGAUUAAUAGCACGACCCAAACGUACUGAACUGUCUGGUGGAAAAGCAGCAUUAAAGACUUGUACAACAGUG